AUGAUACAUUCCGUGCUUAUAUUUAAUAAAAAAUGCCAACCUAGACUAGUCAAAUUUUAUACACCUGUAGACCUACCCAAACAGAAAUUGUUACUAGAACAAGUAUAUGAAUUAAUAUCUCAAAGGAAUACCGAUUUUCAAAGUUCUUUCUUAGUUACUCCUCCAUCUUUACUAGAUACUGGAAAUAACACAAGUAACACAAAUAACAAUAUUGAUGAUGACGGAGCUAUCCAGAUAAUAUACAAGAAUUAUGCUACUUUAUAUUUUACUUUUAUAGUAGAUGAACAAGAAUCGGAAUUAGCAAUUUUAGAUCUAAUACAAACAUUUGUUGAGUCAUUAGAUCGUUGCUUUACAGAAGUUAAUGAACUAGAUUUAAUCUUCAACUGGCAAACAUUAGAGAGUAUAUUAGAAGAAAUCAUACAGGGUGGAAUGGUUAUAGAGACUGAUAUUUCCAAGAUUGUCGGAUCUGUCGAUGAUCUAAAUAAAGCGUCUGAAACAUCGGCAAAUACAUUAUCAAGUGGAAUAAGUGGAGCUUUACAAGCAUUUGCUCAAGGUGGAUUUGCCCAGUGGGCAACUGGCCAAUAA